UGUGUUGCGCGGCGCGAUGCCGAGCUCUCACACAGCCUGCCUCUGUUAAAGCCAUUGCUGCUGUGUACGCGGCCGCGGGACUCGGCGCACAACUGAACAGCGUAUCGAAAGGUCCAUCAUAAUUUACGCCAGCUGCCGCGGAUAACUCCGACAUUCCUAGCCUCCCCCAGCCUCCCAGCCCCUGCAAGCUGGAUCCUAGGACCGUCCUCUGGUGCGACGACGCGACCAGAGCCAUGGACCCGAGCCAGCGGCCCACGAGCAACGCCCCGCCGAACCCCUACGGCCAGCCGCAGGCGCCCGCGUACGGCUACCCGUACGGGCAAGCCCCGCCGGCACAGGCCUACCAGGCGCCGCAGCAGGCAUACUACCAGACGCCAUCCACUCAAGCGGACGUCUUCGCGGCCCUCGCGCAGGCGCCGCCCGUCUACGCGCCGCCGCCGCCGCCCGUCUACGUCGCGCCGCCGGCGCCGCCCACAACCCUCGCAUCCGCGAAAUUUGGGGACGAGACGUGGCGCAUCUCGGGGUCGGACUACCUGGGUUUGGAUUUGUUCCGGUCGCUGACGGACGACAAGGGGUUGGUCAUCUCGCACGUGCCGGCGAAGUGCGUCGCUUGGCUGCCGGCAUCAGAGUCGGACUUCUUCGACGACGCCGGGAGACCUGCCGCUUUGUACAAGAUCCGCUACACGGGCGGCGAGUUGAUUGGCGACCACGAGGACCUCGAGGCGCACGAGAUCGAGCAGUCGAAGCCGAUGAGCGCAAAAGAGCUCAAAGCAGCUGAGGACGAUGACUCGGUCAAGUCCAAGGCCUCGAAGUUCGACCCUAAUGAGGAGGUCCAACGCCGUGUCUAACACUCUCGCGUCGCGUCGAUGGCGUACGAUCUGUCCCCCACGCCUACCCCUCCGGCACAUCGCCGCGACGCAGGUCGAUUCGCCCGACGAGGACUCGGACGACGACUGGGGAGGUCGGCCGGCGGCCGGGCCGCCUUCCGCAUCGAAGAAGCGCACCAGGAACAACGACAUUCCGAGUGAUGAUGGUGAGGAUGACGACGGCGCCGUCGCGCCGCCGUCCGAGAAGAAGCAGCUGCGCAGCGACCCGGCCCCGGUCGCGGUCGCGGCCGCGGCCGUGCCGCCGGCGGACGCGCUGUCGAACGACAUCGUCGCCGCGCUCGCGGCCGACGAGCCGACGCCGGCGGCGCCCGCGGCGCCCGCGGUUCCGGCGGUGGCCGUGGCUCCGCCGGCCCCCGUGCCUUCCCCGUUCGCCUUGCCUCCGGCGGCGCCCGCGGCUCCCGUGGCCCCAGCGGCGGAGCCGGCGGCCGCCGCGCCCCCGGCUGGCGAGACGGCGCCGGGGGCGGUGUAGGAGGUCGCUCCUACCCCGUCGUCGCGAUUGAGGCUGAAGUAAGAACGCCCG